GUUACAAAUGGAAGCUGUAGUCAAAUUCCCAACCAGAGCUUCAUGCCAUUGUCAGGUGAUAAAUUCCAACAACGCAAAGAGGCUCGCCAUCAGGUUCCCACCCAGCAGAACAAAAUGCAACUUGCACUCAGACAAGAUGGAUUUACAACGACACAGGAUCAAGAAGAAUGUCCUAAACAAAUCAUGGGAAAGACACAGAAUUUUAGCCAUGGCAUCAAAAGGUGACUCAGAAUCUUGGCAAGAUUCUCUCUCUCCAACACAGAUUGUAGAUCAGUACUACAGAUGCAUCAAUGACAAAGACUUGCGACAUCUGGAUGAGUACAUAUCUGAAGAUGCUUGCUUUGAUGACUAUGCCUUCACCAAACCAUUCCAUGGAAAAGAGGAAGUAAUGCGUUUCUUAGGACAACUUACUCAAUGCAUGGGCCGGAAUGUGAAAUUCAAAGUGAAACAUAUAUACGAGGGAGAAGAUUUAACUGCUGCAGUAAACUGGCACUUGGAAUGGAAAAAGAAACAAAUCCCAUUCACCAGAGGUUGCACCUUCUUCAAGUUAUCAAAUGAAGGACAGAACAUGAUCAUUUGGAGAGCUGAGGUAUUGAUUGAAUCACCUAUCAAGCCAGGAAGCGUAGUUUUGACCCUAUUGAAAAACGUGACUUCAAUAUUUGACGACUAUCCAAGUGUUACCGAGUGGUUCUUAAAAAGUCCUCAAGCAAUACUAACAUGGAUAUUGAGAAUUUACAAUAUAUUCGUAGCCCCUUGGCUUAAUCCACUACUAGAUGGCUACAUAAAGCUAUGGAGUUUCUUUGUUCGAUUACUUAACUCUGCAAUCACACUUGGGAUUUUUAUUUCAAAGAUUUUCAUCAAGUAGGGAUCACACUACUUAACAUGGCAUUUCACCGAUAAAUCACGUCACUUGGCAUCUUCAUCCUUGCCCCUGUUCCACCAUGUAUCCAACAACGACAGAGCAACCAAAGG